AUGACAGAUAUUUCACACAUACCUGUAGAUUUGGCUUUUAAGUUGUAUAGCCAUGCUGCUAGGCGUUCUCUUGGUCAACGAAUCAUGCAUGGCUUCUCAGUUUCACUUAUCUCCUCGAUGGUUAAGUUGAUUUUUCAGCGGCACCAAUUCAAAAUGGUAAAUCAGAAAGUCUUAUGGGAUGUUGCCAGUAACAGACCUUCCUACAAACCACUAAUAACAGUUUCAAACCAUCAUUCGUGCCUGGAUGAUUUUAUUCUCUUUGGAAAUGCUCUUCCAUUUAGCAUUCUUUCUGAUGCUGAUAGAUUUAGAUGGGUAUUAACCGCUGUUGAUAUUUGUUUCCUGAAUACUCCUUACUCCAUCUUCUUCGCAUCUGGAAAAGGGAUUCCAGUUUGGAGACGUGUUCGUGAUCCUAAAUCAGGAAAGAUAGUCUUACCUGGUUUUGGCGUUUAUCAACCCAGUAUGGAUUUUUCCCUUCAGUUGCUGAAUUCGGGAUUUUGGAUUCACUCAUUUUCCCAGGGUCGCGUAAUUAUGCCACAUGAACGAGAUAUGGAAACUCAGAUUCGACUUCGAUGGGGUAUUGGUCGGUUACUUGCUGAUGCAAAAGUGGAUCCAAUUGUUCUGCCUCUUUGGCACUGCGGUAUCGAUAAUUUAAGUCCUUGCAAAGAGCCCUACGUACGCAAUACGAUUAGAGGCGUUUUUGGCCCACGGUUAGCUGUUACAGCGUUCGCUGGCGAACCGUUUGAAGUUGGUCAUUUGGUUCGAAAUUCAAAGUGUACUGGUCCCGACCUUCAUGCUCGACUCACUGAAAUUGUUCAGCGCGAAUUAUACAAGCUAAAGCCUCUUGCGGAGUAUGAGCAUGCGAAACACACUUUCUCUUUGAAAUAG